CAGACUCGCACAAACACUUUCCAUACACCACGCCAUCCUCCAUCCCGGCAUCCAGUUCCUCUUCCUCUGUGUGCUUAGCGUGUGUUUGUAUGUCUGUGGCCCCAAGUCAUGUCUCUCCAGUUCUAGCCCUGCUAUUGGUGCCUGAGACGGACACGACGCGCGACCAGUGAAUGAGGUAGCUUGGUCGCGUGUUGACAGGCCAAUCCCCGCCUCGCAUUUCACGUUCACGCAGAGCUUCUACAUGGCAGCUCUGCUCCCUCCACCGCUGCACAGCUCGCCCCAUACUAAUAUGGCGAGUCGACGAGUGCCAUUAGGCAAUCUGCCUAAUGCGGCCAAUUCGCCUUUCCGGGAGCCCGCAGCUCCUGGGUCGAAGCGACCGCGCCCAGAUGCUGCUGUGUACGAGAAGCAGCUGCAGCCGCCGACGAAGAAGCAGAUUGUGGAGGCCGAAAACGCGGACAGUCGUCGCGCCCUGGUGGGACGGAAGGUUCAGAGUACGACGGGAACCGCGAGUGCUGUGACGACGCGCAAAACGAGUUCAAAAGCGACGGGUAAAACCUUGCAGCAAGCCACGCAGGAGAAUCUGAAUGAGAUUCGGCAGUGGCAGAGGCAUUAUAAGAAGCUCUUCCCGCAGAUGGUUUUUUACUACGAUAAUGUGCCGGAUGAGACUAGACAUAAGAUUGGGAAGCAGCUCCAGCUUCUUGGUUCGCGCGAAGAGAUAUUUUUCUCAAAGACAGUCACCCAUGUUGUUACAACGCGUUCUGUCCCUAAUGAAGCGACGGCUUCGAGUUCGGCAGGUCGAAGCCCACCCAAGGCUGGUCGUGACGGGACUGUUAAUCCUGUGUACCUGAAAAAGGCUGGCACCACAGCUUUGCACCCAAACGACAUCUUAUUACGCGCAAAAGAGAUGGGGAUCAAGGUCUGGGGAUUGGAGAAAUUACAACGCAUGCUCAACACAAUGUUCAACGCCGAGACUGGUGAAGCCCCGGUCGCCCCGUAUCGUAGUUCGGCUGUCACUCAGAGCAAAGCAAACCAGCAAGCGCAGCUGAGCCAGAUGCUGCAGAAGGAAAAGGAAUAUGGACAGGCAAGCAUGGAUUGGGCUGCAGAUAUGACGGCGUUCCGAGGAUACUAUAUUUAUGUCCACGACAUGGACGAAAUGACCAAGCCUAUCAUGGUUCGCGACUACUCCAAGCCAGCAACCAAAGAGCAAGGCAAAUGGCCACAGCUUCGCGUGAAUGCGCCUGGGAGGUGUCCAUUCUUGGAUGAUCCGAGCGCAAGAUAUGAGCGGCCUGCACCAGCACCUGACCAAGACAAGGCACCUCGAACGCGUGCAGCUACCGCGCGAGAGAAGACUCCAGCUUUGGAGGAGAGAACUGCUCUGGCGGAGAACAACAAUCUCGCACAGCGUCGUCAACGCGAAACAAGUGUACAGGCGGAUGAGAAGAGGCCGCCGAUGGACCCGCCAAAGACAAUUCCCGUAAAAAGGGGCAGUACUGAUAACCUGCCACUCUUUGGCUCUGCUCAAGCCAGUCUACGUCAGCACCCGCGUUUUGCGGGCGGAGAACCUGUUGCAUCGGGUGUCCAGCAAAGCAAUGCCACCUCUGCCAUUCGGUCUCAGAUGAUUUCUUCAACAGCAGCUGCUCCUGGUGGCAAAGCCGGAUCUACAAAAGAACUGAACCGUUUACAACGUCAGGUGUUGGAGCGUAACAACUCGGUCAACCCGUACCUGAACAAUGACCUCCGUGCUGCCAUCAACAACGGAGGACGUGGUCAAAAGCGCAAGGCUCAGGAUCCACUAGCUAAUAUCAAGGAAGAGGACGAUACGAGCGAGGCUCCAAGAAAGGAUAGUGCGCAACAUGCCGCACCAGCAAGAAAGAAGAAAAUCGUUGAAAAGGAGAUGAAGCCUGGCUACUGUGAGAAUUGCAGAGUCAAAUUUCGAGACUUUGAUGAGCAUGUCGUGUCACGUCAGCACCGCAAAUUCGCUAUGGAUGACAGCAAUUGGAAGGAGUUGGACGACUUGCUCAGCCUUUUGGUCCGACCUCUGAAAGAUGAGUGAGCGGCAACGCAACGUUCAGGCUUCUCAUAAUACCGUUAUGCUAAUACAAAAAUUCACGAAGUGAACGAGAUGAGCUGAGCUUGAGCUUCUACUACAACGCAUUUUGAUGGUGUCUUGGAGGACAAAAAAGUCGGAGGAGACCGAAAGUGCUGCAUGAUUUUAGCAACUCUGAGCUGUACAAAAAGCAAUAUGGUCUUCCUGCGCAAGACAAUAUUAGCGCAACUGCGUAGCUUUCUGACAGGACUUAAUCAGGACCCUUUUCUUCUUCGAGUAGUCACAGCAUUAGCAUGAUACCUAGGGGGUUCGCAUCACAUGGGUGUUUUUUGCCAGCUUUUGGAAGCCAGCUUGCUCGACUACCCUUUUUUCAAUGUUAAGCAUUAUAGCAUAGUUUUGUGAAUAGCGAAUACAUGUGUAUGAAAAAUA